AUUGAGGUUAUGACCUCAAUUCAAUGUUUUGAUUUUUGUAUGAUGUUUAUGUUGUUUAUUUAUGUGAUUUUUUAAUAUUUUAAAUAUAUUAUAGUAUUUUCAACGAGAAAUGAAUGAAUUCUUGGUAAAUGAAUUUCAAAAGCUAGGGGCAACUGAGAGGGAUUCUGCUAUUGCUUCCCAGGUUUAUUUGGAGCUUUGCGAAGUCAAAAGAUACUGGGAUCUUAAAUACGACUACAAUACAUGCCUCAACAACAUUAUCCUGUAUGCCAAGAAAAAGCCAUACAACGACUUUAGCAUAUUCCUUCCCAUAUCCACUUCAGAACAUCUCAGCUUUGACAAAUUGCAAGAUUUUUUGGCAAAAUGUAAAAGCCAAAGCAUUUACUUAGCUAUGCUACAUCCAGACUCUACCUGCAUCUAUUAUAACAUAGCGGAAGGCUUGGCUGAACCGGUUGAUACCAGUGCUAAACAUUUAAGGGUUAAUAAGCAGCAUAAGUUGGAUAUUGAGGUGAAAAAAAAUAGAGAACUUAUAGAGUAUGCGGCUCUAACUGGAAUUCCUAUUACCAUACCAAAAGUGACAUCUGCAACUCAUAUGGAGGACAGUAGUAUAGAGUGUGAAGCUAGUACCUCAGUGACAUAAUGAUAAAGUAACUUAAGUGAAUUUUAGGUUUUUUACUGUGCAAUUUUGCUUUCUUGACAUAUUGUAACAGAAAACUGUCAAGUUGUUGUGAAACUAUUUUCUUUCUUUUUUGUAACUAAUAAUAAGAAUUCAUAGCAUUUUAGUAAGUCAUUGAUAAGUAAAAUAUUUAAUGCAAUUUUUAACUUUAUUUUGUAAUAAAAUACUAUGUUUG